AUGGAAGAAAUUUUAAGCAAUAUUCUUGAAAGCAAGAAGACAAAAACACUUAGAGAGUAUGAAGAAAUAGUUUAAAAAUCUGGAAUGAUUUGGAAGAAAUCAUUUGAGUAUAAUACUCCAAUUACAGGAUAGGUCAAUUUUGAUGAUUUCUUUAAAAUUGCUGGAAAAAAUGUACAGAAAGUAUGCAAAUUUAUCGUCAAAUGCAUAGACAGAGGAGACAGUAUAGAAUAUGUAAGGUCAGUAUAGUUCUUUUAUAAAACUGUUAGUGGUGAAAUAGUAGAAGGUUUUUAAUAGAUGCAUCCUUAAGCUCCAAGCAAAGGAAAAUUUGCAGAAAAAAUAUUUGAAUUGGAAGACGAUGAAUAUAUAAUAAAGAUGAUUGGAAGAACUGGUCUAUUUCUGGAUGCAUUCGGCUUUGAAACAACCAAAGGUAGAUAAUACGUAUUUGGAGGUAAUGGUGGAGGCGAGAGAGAGUUAAAGGCUCCAGAUGGUUUACAUUUUUCAAAUUUUGGGUCAAUUCAUUGCGAUGGUGGUGUCUUUAGUGUUUUAUGUGAUUCUUUGAUUAUACCAAACAAGGAAGAAGAUAAAAAUAAAUAGCCUGUUGAUUUCGAAUAACUAGGAACUGCUGUCAAAUACAUCAUUGAUUGCUUGGGAAUAAAAGAUAUAUUUACUUUAUUCAAAUUGAAUAGAUAUUUUGCAUCAUGGAGAUAUUCAGCAAUAUUCCUUAAUAAGCUAUCAAAGAGAAUUAUUUAUAGUUGCAAUAUUUAAACAAGAUAAUACAUAGAAGAAAUCAUGAAAAAUGCCAAUACAAGCUAUCGUUCGAUAUAGCAGAUUUAAAAACUUUUAAAUGUAACUAAAAAUUAGAUUUCUAAUCCGUUUGGAGAUUAGGACUUUAAUGGAUUUACAGUUACUAAAAACGGAGGAAAUGGAGUAAUUGUCAUUCAUUCGAAUAUGCAAAACUAUAGAAAUUCUGCAUUUUAGACUUCUUUUGCAUACGGAGAACUCAUGUUCGAAGCUAAGUUAUCUGAUUUGUUUGAUGAAGAAUUUAUGUAAAUGCUGAUAUCUAGAAAUGCAUGUAUUGUAGCUGGGUGCUAUAUGAAAUAACCUGGAUUUGGUGCAGAAGGGUAUGUUGAGUUAUUCAUAAGAGAUGACAAUGCUUAAAAAAAUAUUUUUCACUAGAAAUUAAGUGAUACUAAACUUACGAAGGAUUGGAAGUAGCUAUUUAUUAAAUAUGAAAAAGAUGAAUUAUCAAACGAAAUGGCAAAAUUUACACCUACUUCAAUUAAAUUAUUAGUAGGAGGUAAAGAUACUUGUUAUUGGGGAGGACAUUAUGGUAAUAUUUUCUCAGGAAUAACCUUAAGAGGAAUUCCUUUUUAUUCAAGAAAGGAUAAAGCUUUUCUUUCAAUAUGA